CGACUGUCCGCGCUAAAUCGCCAGCGGGCGUUGUCACCCGCCCGCUGAGCCGCCCUCUCUGUCUUUCGGUCUGGCUAGCAAGACGGAAGAAUAUUCUUUUGGUGGUUUCCCAGCGAGAGAACUCUAAAGAGUGGCCUCGCAUGUCCGUCCUUCGCCGAGUCCCUAAAGGCCACAGAAGGACCCUGUAAUAUGCCCAAGCCAGGCGUGUUUGACUUGGGCAAUAAAGCCAAGCAAGAUGCACGGAAGGAAACUGCCAGGCAGAACCAUGUGGAUCUCGUAUCCAGUUUGAGUUCAUCUAAAGCCUCCAGCCAGGGAAAACAUGGAGCUGAUGAGAAAGCCCAGGAGUCUAAGAACAUCCUGGUGUCUUCUGAAAAUGGCAUCACGAAGAUCACGUUCAAUCGGCCCGCCAAAAAGAAUGCCAUAUCCUUACAGAUGUAUUUCGAUAUUAUGCUUGCACUUAAAAAUGCCAGCACAGAUAACUCAGUCAUAACUGUUUUCACAGGAACUGGUGACUACUACAGCAGCGGGAAUGACCUAAAAAACUCAAUUAAUGAUACCGGUGAAAUACCAGACAUAGCCGUGUCUGCUAAGCGACUGAGGGAAUUUGUAGACUGUUUUAUAGACUUUCCCAAGCCUCUGGUUGCAGUUGUAAAUGGCCCAGCUGUAGGAAUCGCUGUCACUCUUCUGGGACUGUUUGAUGCUGUCUAUGCUUCCGACAGGGCAACGUUUCAUACUCCAUUCACCCAUCUUGGCCAGAUCUCCGAAGCAUGUUCCUCUUACACGUUUCCAAAGAUAAUGGGCUCAGUAAAGGCAGCUGAGAUGCUUCUCUUUGGGAAGAAGCUCACAGCAAGAGAGGCUUGGGCUCAAGGCCUUGUCACCGAAGUUUUCCCUGAAAGCACUUUUGAGACAGAAGUCUGGACAAGGCUGAAAACAUAUGCAAAACUCCCGCCAAAUGCAAUGAGAGUUUCCAAAGAGUUAAUCAGAAAACAUGAGAAACAAAAGCUACAUUCUGUGAAUGCUGAAGAGUGUGCUACAAUCCGGGAAAGGCUGCCGAUAGAGGAGUACACAAAUGCACUCAGGAACUUCCUGUCCAGAAAGGCAAAACUGUGAAGACCACCAGAGUGGCUAGACUUCUCAGAGGCCCUUGAAUUACACAGACCCCUCUGUACCCUCAUCAUUCCUAGCACAGCAGUUAGGAUGAGAAUGCCUCAGUUAUGAUCAAUAAAAAAC